AUGUCGUCGGCCUGGCCCGAUGGGUGCGAGAUGUGUGACACUUGCGCUGUGGUCGGGGCGAGUGGCUCGCUUCGCAAAUUCGAACACGACGCGCAGAUUGACGGCCACUCGCUCGUCCUGCGGCCAAACUGGAUCAUCACCAAGGGCUAUGAGGGUAAGGUGGGGACGCGGACGAGUAUCAACCUGUUCUUCGGCGUGGAGGGGAUGGAGCAGUUUGAGAAGCAUCAGCGCAGCUUGCCGGAGGAGCGACGUGCCAUUGGCUUGAUCACUUCCAACUCAGACCGCUCGGUGGCCUCCUUCUUCCGAUACAUGCACCGCGUACACAAGUCGACUGUGCUCAACAAGACGGCCACCGCCGCGGAAACGCUCGUCAGCACGUGCACGUACACCAGGUUUUGCCAAGAGUUGCGCAACGUUGCAUGA